AUCACAUUAAUAAUAUCAAAUUAUAAGUUUUUUCUUUCUAUUCUCUGUUUUCUCACCUUUCCAGCAUAGAAUCUAGGGUUAACUGUUAUAUUAGUCCUUGUCUUUGUCUCGCCGUCUGAGGUAGGUCCCUCCCCGGAAAAAAAUUUGUCUGAAGUCCUCUUGUUUGAAAAGUGGUUGGAGCAGGCCCUCGCCGGAGGGCGGAGCUCCGGCGAGUGCAUGUGUGGCUUGGUGACUAGGAUUAAUGAACCCACGUGGCAUUAAAAAAUAAAUAAAAAAUAAAAAUCAAAUUACAACUCAGAAUUUUAAACCUAAUUAACCUAUUUCUAAUUAACCCUAACUUAAUUAACCAAAAACUAAUUUCCCCCCCCCAAACUUAACCCAAUUCACACCAAAUCAACCCUACCCCCAAAUCAACCCAAUCCCAAUCUGAAGUAGCAGGGUUCUUCCCCUACCAUCGUCUACCAUCGAAUUCUCCGUCAUCGUUCGUGUUCUCGCCGGUUCUCUUGCUCAGGCUCGCCGCUCAUUGUGCUUCUUCAAAGAUGGUUUUUACACUGGUUGUGCGACAUGGUGGUUGGUUUGGAAGUAGUCCUUACUGGCAUUACUUCGGUGGUGCCAAAAGUGAGUUCCAUGAUCUUGAUGAGUCUAAAUGGUCCUACUCUAAGAAUGUGGAAAUUGUCAAAGGUCUUGGCUACAAAGAGUUUGAUUUACUGUGGCUUCCUGAUGAGGAUGUUGACUGGCAUGUUUUCAGGAAUUACACAACAGAUAUGGAUGCCAAGGAAUUUGCUAAAUAUGCAGUUGGAAAUGACCAUGAAGGUGUUAUAUUUGUGGACAAUCUAUCCAAAGACCCUCCCACUCUACCUACUGCAUUAAAGGAAAAGAAGAAAGAUGCCAACAAGAAUGUUAAGGUACAAAAACUAAGGGUGAGAAAGUCAGGUAGGUUGCAAGCAAUGGUGAGACAAGGAACAAAUAAGGGACCUCCUGAAGUUGUAGAGUUAUCUGAUGAUGAGCAAUUUCCUAAUGAAGUUGCAAUGCUAUAAAAUGAAACUGUUCUCCCUGAACCUGUUCUCCUUGAAGCUGUGAUUCCUGAACCCGUUAUCCCUAAUGUUGUGGACCCUGAAGUUGCAGUUCCUGAAGUAGUAGAUGGGGUAGAUGGUGAUAAAGCUGGUGAGGAUAACCAGGAAGAA